AUGCCAUGUGAAACCUGUGAUGAUGAAAUAAACGUGAUCAGACAAAAAAGAAGAUUUCAUAACCCUAUUCCAACAAUUCUUACAAAGCCAGCACUAACUAAACAGUUAUUUCGUGGAAUUGAAAAUGAUAUAUUAAGAGGACUAACUGUUCAACUUCUGGUAUUUCAUGGAAAAGAUAGAGAAAACAUUUUAACUUGGCUCCUACAAGUUGACCUUUUGUUUAAAGCACGAAAGAUUAAGGAUGAAGAGAAAUUGCUAAAUAUCAUCACUGACUGGCCUUCGUUCGCUGAUAGAAUUAAAGCAGCCUUUCAACCUCCCCACCAUCAGCAACUUCUAAAACGUCAAUUACAGGAUCUUAAGCAAAACUCUACUGUUCAAGAAUACACAUCCAGGUUUAAGAAUUUGUUAGGGCAAAUUAAAGAAAUGCAUGAAGUUGAUAAAGUUAUAUAUUUUACUGAAGGUGUAAAGGGUGCCAUGAAAGCUAAAGUAAAUUGUCGGGCCCCAGAUACCUUAGAUGAUGCAGUUAACUUGCUGCAAGCUUUGACAUAG